AUGGCUCCUCUCACCCCCCACUGGCAUCAGCCCUCUCACCCCGACAUCCAAGAAGUCGUCAUCGUGAACCCCGAGGAAUUCACCACCAAGAGCAUCUCGCGCGUCUCUCUCCCGCCCUUCGCAGUUUUCGCAAAGUUCGACUUCCCUCCCUGCACGCCCGCCAGCGAACCGACCUACGCUACCGUUCAGACUGGCCGCGACACUCAUCUCAACUUGAACAGCGACUUGUUGUACAUUAACCACUCUUGCGAACCUACUCUCCUCUUUGAUGUAGGAAACUUGAACAUUCUUGUUGGACCCAAGGGUCUCAAGGUUGGCGAUGAGCUCACAUUCUUCUAUCCCUCCACCGAAUGGCAUAUGGCCCAGCCCUUCGACUGUCUUUGCGGCACCCCCUCUUGCCGCGGCCGAAUCUCCGGUGCUCGCGACAUGACCCAAGCCCAGCUCGACGGUAUCUGGCUCAACGGUCACAUCAUCCAGCUCCGCGCUGAGCAGCUCGCCCGCUCCGAGGAUCCCACUGCAACCGCCCUCCGCGACGCCGUUGUCCACGCUGAGAAGGUCCUUGAAUCGGCUCGACUUGCUCUUCGUUCUUACACGAGCAACGCCCACGCCCAGAACGGAAAUGGCACUUAUCCUUCCAAGUACACCAACGGAACUCUUGGAAAGGCAGCUGCUCUGGAGCAUCGCGGCCCGACCUCUCGUGAGCUGAGCGGUGAGAUGGGUGGUGAUACUGUCCGCGUUUAG